AUGGCGACCAGAAACGUCGCUUCAUGGGUCCACGACCUGAAAUACACCCAGCUACCACCAGAUGUGGUCCGGGCAGCCGUGCAAAGCUUCUACAACUGGGCUGGAUGUGCCAUAGGAGGCAGUGAUCAUGAAGCCGUCAAGAUUGCCCACAAUGCUCUAAAACCAUUCUUUGGCCGUCCGAGUGCCACCCUCCUCGGACGCGAAGGUGACAACCGCACAGACCCGCAGCACGCCGCCCUCCUCAACGGCAUCGCCUCCCAUGUGCACGACUACGAUGAUACACACCUUGACACCAUCAUCCACCCCACGGGCCCCGUCGCCAGCGCACUUCUUGCCGCCGCUGAAUGGCGCUCCCGCGAAGGAACCGAGACCAUCUCUGGAAAGAAUUUCCUCCUAGCUCUCGUCGCGGGGAUCGAGGUCGAGUGCAAGCUCGGCCUGGCCGUCUGGCCGCAGCACUACGACGUGGGCUGGCACAUCACCUCGACCACUGGCUCUGUCGGCGCCGCGGUGGCGGUGGCCAAGUUGCUGGGCUUGUCGCGCGACAAGAUUGCGCAUGCGGUCGGCGUGGCGGCCACACAGGUCGUGGGGCUGCGCGAGAUGUUUGGCAGCCACACCAAGAGUUUCCAUCCUGGGCGGGCGGCGCAGGCGGGCUUGAUGGCGGCGCUGCUGGCCAAGGAGGGCUACACGAGUAGUGACACGUCGCUGGAGGCCAAGAGAGGGUGGGCCAACGUCAUACAUGAGGACAUGCAAAAGGAAGGCCUGAAACCGGAAGAUAUCGAGAGCGUGCAUGCCAAGGUCCACUACCUCGUGCUGGAGCUGACAGGCAAGAAAGAGCCCAAGGACGGCUUGCAGGGCAAGUUCAGCGUCUAUCAUGGAGGUGCCUGCGGCCUGCUCUUUGGAAAGGCCACGCCGAGCCAGUACGAGGAUUCUGUUGUCCGCAAUGCCGAGGUCAUUGGUGUUCGUGACCGUAUCCAUGCCGAGAUCGACGACAGCUUGGGAGCCGAUGAGACAAAGGUCGUGGUCACAAUGAACGGAGGGCGCACCCUCGAGAAGCACGUCGUCCAUGCAGUUGGCAGUAUGGAGGUGCCGUUAGACGAGAAGAGGCUGCAAGAGAAGUUCAUGGACCAGUGUCAGAGAGUCUUGGGCGAAGCCCAGGCUGGUGUUGCGAGUAAGACGUUGUGGGCUGUUGAGAAUGCGGAGUCCAUUGCGUCCAUCACCAGCUAUUUGGCUCCUCGAGAAAGACAGUAG